CACGAAUUACUCGUGGUCAAGGAAGAACACGUUGUUCUUCAGGUGGCCAAUCAAUUUUGCCGAUGGUAGAUAUAUUUAAAGCCCUGUCAGAUCCCCCUAGAGAUUGAAUCUUUUGGGGAGAUUCUGGAGUUUGAUCUCUCCUUGCUCCCAAUGGCCCUCUUGCUUUGCAAUGCGGCAUUCUUUCUUCUAGCUUGGCUCACGAUCUCCGCAAGAGCCGAUCAAACUGGCCUCAGCAGAUGCGACUUUCCGGAAGAUUUCAUAUUCGGCGCUUCAGCAUCGGCGUUCCAGUAUGAAGGCGCUGUGGAUGAGGGCGGGAGAAAGCCCAGCAUCUGGGAUAUCUUUGCUGCGAACCCAAGAAACAUUGCGGAUGGAAGUAGUCCAAACAUCACGGAUGAUCAAUACCAUCACUACACGGACGAUGUUCUCCUGCUCAAGAACUUGGGGAUGGAUUCGUACAGGUUCUCAAUCUCCUGGACUCGAGUUUUCCACGACGGUCGCGUGAAUCCCGAAGGGAUUGCGUACUACAACAACUUGAUCGAUGCUCUGCUGGAACACGGAAUCAAGCCUUUUGUCACUAUCUAUCACUGGGAUCUCCCGCAAACUUUGCAAGAUAAGUUUGGAGGAUGGCUUAGCCGAGACAUCGUGGACGAGUAUUUGCGAUUCGCAGACUUUUGCUUCCAGGCCUUCGGCGACCGCGUGAAAAACUGGCUAACUUUCAACGAGCCACACCAGCUGGUAAACGGAGGCUACGUCCAAGGAUACUACGCGCCCGGCCGAUGCACGGGCUGCCCGCAAGGAAACUCGAGCACGGAGCCAUACAUCGUUGGCCAUCAUCUCCUGCUAGCACACGCCAAGGCCGUCAAACUCUACAGGCGUAAAUACAAGGUCAACCAGCGUGGCGUCAUUGGAAUGACGUUAGACUCGUUUUGGUAUGAACCAUACUCAAGUCUUCCGAGAGAUAUCGCAGCUGCUCGUAGAGCUCUCGACUUUGAACUUGGAUGGUUCUUGCAUCCAAUUACGUUCGGAGACUAUCCACAGUCGAUGCGUCUCUACGUCGGGGAUCGCUUGCCGGCUUUCACUGUCGAAGAGUCGAGAGAUCUUCGAAACUCCAUGGACUUUGUGGGCCUCAAUCACUACACUUCUCGAUACACUCAAGACAAUCCAUGGCCUAGCAACGUUCGUCCCGGCUACGAGAGUGACUCCCAUACGCACUUUCUAACUCAAAGAAACGGGAAUCCUAUCGGAGGCACGACUGGGACCUGGCUUUAUGUUGUACCUUGGGGGCUUUACAAUGUUCUCAACCACGUCAAGGAGAACUACAACAAUCCUCCGAUUAUCAUCACGGAAAAUGGUGGGCUUGUCAUGCUUGUCACUGGUUUUCUCAAGUCCAAUUUUCCAGGAUUGGUGGACAUCGCCGAUUCGAACACUUUUAGCGACAAGUUCAUAAAGGAUGGCGCAAGGGUUCAGUUCUAUGAGUCGUAUCUCACGAGCUUGCAGCAGGCCAUCGCGGACGGUGUGGAUGUUCGUGGCUACUAUGCGUGGUCUUUUCUAGACAACUGGGAGUGGAAUAACGGAUAUAGCCAAAGAUUUGGUCUCUAUUACGUGGAUUACACGACAUUGAAACGCUACCCAAAACAUUCAGCACUUUGGUUUAAGCAGUUCCUCUCUAACACAAAAUGUAGCGGUAAGUUUCUCUCUGUUUUUUUUACUGACUUAAGCUGGAUUUCUAACAGUACUCGAGACUAUGUAAAGCCAAAAUCAUUCUUUAUUUUUUGUCUCUGGAGAGAUGAAUUGAUUCAUGGUCUUGAAAUGGAGACCUUGUAAAGUAUCAUUGGAACCUUGUAAAUAAUAACAAGAAAUAUUCUCAGUUAAAACAUAAAUUUAAAA